AUGCUUGUUUCUCUAACAGAAAUAAGUCUUUUUCUGUAUAUCAUUAUAUUUCACACUUUGGGAGAUAAAUUUGUUGUAGGUCAACGCGACCAGCAGCAAAAUGACUUCGAUCAAUCAGCAUUACAAGAUACUGAUGACUACAUUAUUGUUUUCAAGCCAACUAUCAACUCAAAACAUAUCAGCAAUCAGCUUCAACUAUUGAAGGCACACCAAGUAAUUAACAAUAAUGACGGGACGACUAACUAUACUUUGACCGCUUUAACCAAUGGAACGCUGAACAGCAAUUCUCCAUUUACUUCGACUCGAGACCAAAAAUAUGCCUACAAUUCUAUUGGAAAAUUUAGGUGGUACUCAGCAAAAUUUCACACACAAGCCAUCGAUCAACUGUUGAAUACUGGAUCAACAUACAUUAAUACCACUACCAAUAUUACUUUUAAUACGGAUAUUGAAAAUGCCAUUCAUUAUUGGGUGAAGGACGCUUCUUUUUCUUUGCAAGAGUUUAUACAGACUGACCCUCCAAGCUGGGGUCUAGAUAGAAUUGAUCAGCGUUUAGGAACAGAUGGGCAUUAUUCAUUUGCCAGCGGAAAGGGGAAAAAUGUUAAGAUAUAUUUGAUGGAUUCCGGUAUCAGAGAAGACCAUGAAGAUAUCAAAGGUCGAGUAACUAUUGGGAAGACAGUUGUUGGUGAUCCCAACAACCCAUCUGAUAGCAAUGGACAUGGUACAUUUGUUGCUGGUGUUUGCUGUGGCACGAAGUAUGGUGUCGCAAAAGAAGCAGAGAUAGUAUCUGUUAAAACGUUGGACGACGAAGGCAAUGGUCGUUUAUCUGAUUUAUUAAUUGGACUUCAAUGGAUUGUUGACCAACAUCUUGCCGAAUCAAAUGCAAAGAGUAUAGUAAACUUGUCGCUAGGUUCUUAUUAUAGCCAAGCAACUAAUGAUGCUAUCGAAGAAGCUAUUUCACUUGGAAUACAUUUCUCAAUUGCAGCUGGCAAUUAUGGCGAGGAUGCUUGUCGAUAUUCUCCUGGCAGUGCUCCUGGUGCCAUUACAGUUGGAGCAAUCGAUGAGGACGAUUCGGUUUCCUUUUAUUCUAACUUUGGCAAAUGUGUCGACAUCUUUGCACCAGGUACUAAUAUCAAUUCUAUAUGGUCAGCUUCCACAACUGCAACUCGUACAUUAACUGGAACGUCUAUGGCAGCACCACACGUUGCUGGAGCAAUGGCUAUUUUCUUAUCUGAAGCAAAUUAUACGCCUAUUCAAUUAGCAAACUACAUCAAACGCGUAUCUUCUUUGAUAACAGAAGAUUUUACUGUAAACAACACGGAUACUUUUUAUAACGAAAACAAAACCGUCAUAGAUAAUGCUAUCGAUAUAGGCUAUAAAGUGAGGGGGCAACAAGAUAAAAAGACCAGAGUCAACAUACUAUUUACACAUCCUAAUGAUAGUCAACCAUUUUGGAUUUACGGACAGACAUUGAGCGACGCAGUAUUUACUACACCCUUACUAUCUAGAAUUACAUUUUUGCACGUAUUGAUACCCCUUUCAAUUUUGACGUUUUAUUUUAUGUAAAACGAAACAUACAAAGAUAACAUUUUCCUAUUUCAUUCAGUAAACAAUACAGUUUACUGUUGUUUCUCCAAGGUUAGUUGAAGCAAAUAGAAACAGUCUUACACUAUUUUACCCAAUAAACACUAAAAAUACGUAGCUGUCAUUAUAAUCAAAUGCAUGCGUAUCUUUUUCUAAAAUAUGUAACCUACAUACUCAUUGUAGUUUAUUGUUGAAUAUA